CGGGGUGCAUGGCGGGAGACGCGCAUGCGCUUGAGCGCUGCCUCGCCGCGGGGCUCUCCGUCACUUCUGUCUCGCGCGCCCGCUGUGUCCCCCAAUGGCGCUCAACAAAUCGAUGCACGCGCGGAACCGUUACAAGGACGCGCCACCCGACUUCGCUUACCUGGCGUCCAAAUACCCCGCCUUCCGCCAGCACGUGCAGACCACGCUGGCCGGCCGCGUCAGUCUCAACUUCAAGGACCCAGAGGCAGUGCGCGCCCUGACCUGCACGUUGCUGCGCGAGGACUUCGGCCUGGCCAUCGACAUCCCGCUGGAGCGGCUCAUCCCCACCGUCCCGCUGCGGCUCAACUACAUCCACUGGGUGGAAGACCUGGUGGGGCCCUGUGGUACCGAGGGGCCAGCUGUGCGGCGAGGCAUUGACAUAGGUACAGGGGCAUCAUGCAUCUAUCCUUUACUUGGAGCCACAUUGAAUGGCUGGUAUUUCCUUGCAACAGAAGUGGAUGAUAUGUGCUUCAAUUAUGCAAAGAAAAAUGUGGAACAGAAUAACUUAUCUGAUCUUAUAAAAGUGGUUAAAGUACCACAGAAGACGCUUCUAAUGGAUGCUCUAAAAGAGGAAUCUGAGAUCAUUUAUGAUUUUUGCAUGUGUAAUCCUCCCUUUUUUGCCAACCAGUUGGAAGCUCAGGGUGUAAAUUCUCGAAAUCCUCGACGACCCCCUCCCAGCUCUGUAAACACUGGGGGGAUUACUGAGAUCAUGGCUGAAGGAGGAGAACUAGAAUUUGUAAAAAGAAUAAUCCAUGAUAGUCUGCAGCUCAAAAAGAGAUUGCGAUGGUACAGCUGCAUGCUAGGAAAGAAAUGCAGUUUAGCUCCAUUAAAGGAAGAGCUUUGUAUCCAGGGGGUUCCUAAAGUAACUCACACUGAAUUCUGUCAAGGCCGUACCAUGAGGUGGGCCCUGGCAUGGAGCUUCUAUGAUGAUGUACAUGUACCGUCACCUCCCUCUAAAAGAAGAAAAUUAGAAAAGCCUCGUAAGCCGAUUACAUUUAUGGUCCUGGCAUCCACAAUCAAAGAACUAUCCAGCAAAGCUUUAGUAAUGGGCUGGGAUGUUGUGGAAGCAAUAGCUGUGGUUACAGCAUGGAUAGAAAAAAUACUUGCUGAUCUGAAGGUUCAGCAUAAAAGCGCUCCAUCUGCAAAAGGUGAAGCUAGUCUUUUUUUAACAGCCAUUGAGAAUUCUUGGAUUCAUUUGAGAAGAAAGAAACGAGAGAGAGUAAGACAACUACGAGAACUUCCUCGAGCUUCUGAAGAUAUCCUGCAAGCAAUGGAAGAGGAGAGAAGCAGUCAAAAAAAUCUGAGCUUAGAUUCUGAAAAAAACAAGACUGAAAGUUCUGAAAUAGAGUCUGUGACACCUGAUGAAGAUGUGAGCUCAACCAAGACUGACCGGCAAAGUGAAGAUUCUCCUGCAAAAGAAGAAAACAGCGAGGACCUCAUGGAAGAGGACACAGAAACAAAGCAAGUGGAAGCAGUGUUAGUGAGUGAAGACUCUGGCAAUAUCGAGGAGGAGUCCAGUACUCCAGAGGAUGUUGGCAAGCUAACAACUGAAAAAGGACAAACUUCCCAAGGAACUAGUGGGUGCUUUCUUUUUAAGUGUUUGAUGAAUCUGAAGAAAGAAGGGGAUGAUGUGUUAGUGGAGAUGCACUGGGUUGAAGGACAGAACAGAGACUUGAUGAACCAGCUGUGCACCUACUUAAGAAACCAAAUUCUUCGGCUGGUUGGUAGUUAGCUCUCAUUCAGAAUAUGGUAGAAAUCAAGCACUUCUGGAUUUUUGUAAUCCUGGUUUUAAUAGCUUAAAAUCUUAUGCUAACACAAUUUUUCUUACAAUGAAGAAAACCCCAAAAUUCAGAUGAAAGUCAACUUUAUUUUUAAACAGAGCCUUUUUUAACUGCAGAGAUUUUCUGGGGAUAUGACAUGAUCAGGAAAGGAGGGGUGCAGUGCUGUAACAGAAUUAUACUGUUCUGACUAAGACAGCCUGUUAGAUUGAAGCAUGUUUUAGUAGCAACAGGGGACUAUUUAGAUGGCAGCAGUCCGGCUGAUUUGGGUCUCUUUAAUCUGACAAAGGGAUGCAUUUUCAUUCUGCUUUUUGCUAACUAGAAACAACCUUCCCCACAAUUCUUUUUCUCCCAGUACUACUAUGUGAAGACGAGUUUUGUUCUGAACUUUUUCAUGUGUAUAUUCUUCAUAUGUGUUGCCCUCUAGAGCCUAGGCUCCAUAGGAAGACUCACCUUUCCUUGUUUCCCAAAGUAUUUAGCCUUCUGGUUUACAGAUUGAGAAGAGGUGUCAGUUAUCUAAAUGCCAGAUUCAUGCAAGCACCAAGUAGUUGUGCUGAAUGGCAUUGGAAACUCUUGGUAAACAUUGGGUAUUAGUUACUUGGCCUGUAUAAAACAAAGCAGCAGAGAAUAUAUGCAAGUAGUGGGCUUUAAAGAAUAAAAUACAUAUAUUUGAGAGAUUACUUUUGUCAAAGGGGGUUUAACUGUGGCGCAUGUUCUAUUUGUGCAUAUGUAUCUGCAUGGCAUUCCUUGCCCUAAUGUGUUGAAACGUAGCAUUAAACUCUUGUUCCUGAAGGAUGUGGUUUCACUUUAAACUCAAAUUUCUUUUUAAUGAAGGGAAAAUUAAGGAAUGACCUUUAUUCCUGCAGAUCAGAACUUCAUUGUAGGGGAUACCAAUUGGUGGGAAUACUUCACAUUCUGAUGGGUGCUAUGUUUCGGCUGCAGAAUUUGGGGCACCAGUUGCUGCAAAAGCCCUGUGCUUUUAUAAUUCUUCUGUAGAUCUAGGAGGCUGUUAAGCUUGUACUGUUGGUGUUUCCUGACUACCGCUGGAUCCUAAGACCCUGUCACCCUGUAUGAAGGCAGAAUAGGAAUUGCAUAGAGCUAGGCUGGAUUAAUCUCAUAGGCUGUUUACAGACAUAGGAAAAAACAAAACAAAACUGCUAAACUCUGUGCGCCCCCACUCUGAGCACAGUGCAUGCCCAAAAGAGAUGUUACAUUAGUUUGACCCGCCUCACCCAAUAUCUGUAUAGAUCAGGUGCUUGAGUGGGGCUUUUUUGGCAUUUUUAUAUAAUGGCUGCUUGAAUCAGCUUUUGAUAAAAGCAUCAAAAAAGUCCCGCUGAAGCACCCGAUCUAUACAGAAACUGCAGAGCUGGGUAGAACUGUGCUUCCAGUUGUUCUGGUCUUGUUUGGGUUUUUUUCACAUCUGUCAGUGCCAAUGGUGAGUCUUCACAGCAUUUGUGAGAGUACUACAGAUAUCAGUACCCUUACUCACCAGUAAGACCUCUCAAACAACAACCUCUGUUGGUGCAGAAACACUUUCUACCUGGCAUAGAAGGCAGGUGCUGCAGAUACGGCUUAUAAAAGAUGAUGCAAUGCGACAGCACAGGUCUGUUCAUGGAGGACUUUGAGGUCCUGGAGUAGGAAUCAAAUUGCAACAAUGCUUGCAUUGUCCGAGCCUAGGACCGGGAUAGAAAUGUGAAAUCCACAUGAACAGGAAGUAGGUAAAUGAUACCUCCUAUCAGUAGAUACUGCUCUGGUGUGUACUUCUAGAAUGACUUUGAAUAUUUUGCCCUAUUUGUCAAGGGUUCUAGAGAGUUUAACAGAAAUUAUGCAUAUUUCACCACCACUGGCCAGAGAAAUGUGACCUGUUUAAAUUUGGUUCAUCAGUUUCUGAACCACUGGUAAACAGUUACACAGCCUUGGAUAUGAUGUUCUACAACACAACAAGCUAUGAGAACAAAACCUGAUCCAAAUAAAUUUAACAGCCAGCAUGACAGACUGAAAAGAAAUUGAGGUGUCACCAUGCUCUGUCUUUCCCAAAUAUCUGUGAAUUGCCUGAUAGUCAUGAUUCAUUGGAAGCUCUAUGGAACGCUAGUGAAAUUAAUGCUGUUUUCAUAUACAAUAAAAGUAAAAUGGAAGAAAAUACUUGCUUGGAGGAGAUGCCAUGCAUAUACAUCCUGGCUUAUUGGAUUCAUUUUGUAGAUUUGAAAGAUAAUUUAUUUUCCUAUGUUAGAAGUGAAGGGAGUUUCGUUUGGAGAGACUUGUGCAGGAGGAGAGUUUGAUUCCCAAAUUCCCCCCUCCCUCUCAACCAGUGUAAAUAAUGCUUAUUAAUAGUUUCACUAUUGAUAACUGGCAGUGGAUUUUAUAUGUUUUAUGAAAAUAUGUCCAUUCAUCCCUUUGUGGGUUGUAGAUGGUAUACAUGAGCAAUUCUCAGAUUCUGUGCUGAGCUUGCACAGAGCUGCUUCUGGCAAAGAUGGAGCAUGUUGAAGUAAUGCUUCCUGCUGGCUGUAUGUUAUUUGUAGAUGUUUAAGAUGUUGAGAGGUUAUUUUGGCCCAUUGAAUUGUUAAUAAAAAAAAAAAGUUAAAACCCA